GGAGGGGCGGGAGCCGGGUGCUUUAUCUUCGUCCGCGCGGGGCUGGCUGCGUACCCGGCCUUGGGCACCUGGAGAGCCGUCCGGGUUCCUGUCUCGAACUGGCUUUCUUAUCCUCCGCCCUGUGACGGCUUCCCAGCUUCGCCCUUCUUGCCCACGUCUCCGCUGCCGGGCUCCGGCCCCAGACAGCACAAUGGUGGGCGAAGAGAAGAUGUCUGUAAGAAAACGGCUGUCAAAGCCCAGUGAAAACCUUGAGGAAGAAGAAGGCCAGGGAACCCCUCCCGCAAAGGAGUCCCUGGAGACACCCAGUAAUGGUAGGAUUAACAUGAAACAAUUGAUAGCAAAGAAGAUGCAGUUGACUGCAGAGGCAGAGGAAUUGAAGCCAUUUUUUAUGAAGGAAGUUGGCAGUCACUUUGAUGAUUUUGUGACCAAUCUCAUUGAAAAAUCGGCAUCAUUAGACAAUGGUGGGUGUGCUGUCACGACCUUUUCUGUUUUUGAAGGAGAGAACAACCAUAGAACCCCAGAUCUGAGAGCACCUCCAGAACAUGGAAAGAUUUUUAUUACAAGGCGAUCUCUCUUAGAUGAGCUGUUUGAGGUGGACCACAUCAGGACAAUAUAUCACAUGUUUAUUGCCCUCCUCAUUCUCUUUAUCCUCAGCACACUUGUAGUAGAUUACAUUGAUGAAGGAAGGCUGGUCCUUGAGUUCAGUCUCAUAUCUUAUGCUUUUGGCAAACUUCCUGUUGCUAUGUGGACAUGGUGGGCCAUGUUCUUAUGUACACUUUCAAUUCCCUACUUUAUCUUUCAACAUUGGGCCAGAGGCUACAGCAAGAGUACUCAUCCAGUGAUCUAUUCUCUCUUCCACUGCUUGCUUUUUAUGGUCUUCCAGAUUGGAGUUCUAGGUUUUGGACCAACAUACGUUGUAUUAGCGUAUACACUGCCACCAGCUUCCCGGUUCAUUGUUAUACUGGAACAGAUUCGUUUGAUAAUGAAGGCCCAUUCAUUUGUCAGAGAGAAUGUGCCUCGGGUACUAAAAUCAGCUAAUGAGAAAUCAAGCACUGCCCCAGUACCCACCGUCAACCAGUACCUGUACUUCCUGUUUGCACCUACCCUCAUUUACCGGGACCACUAUCCCAGGACUCCCACUGUAAGGUGGGGUUAUGUUGCUAUGCAGUUUGCACAGGUUUUUGGUUGCCUUUUUUAUGUGUACUACAUCUUUGAAAGGCUCUGUGCCCCCUUGUUUCGUAAUAUCAAACAGGAGCCCUUCAGCGCCCGUGUUCUGGUCCUGUGUGUAUUUAACUCCAUCUUGCCAGGUGUGCUGAUUUUGUUCCUUAUUUUUUUUGCCGUUUUGCAUUGCUGGCUCAAUGCCUUUGCUGAGAUGUUACGCUUUGGUGACAGGAUGUUUUAUAAGGAUUGGUGGAACUCAACAUCAUACUCUAACUAUUACCGGACCUGGAAUGUGGUGGUCCAUGACUGGCUAUAUUACUAUGCUUACAAGGACUUUCUCUGGUUUUUCACUAAGAAAUUCAGAUCAGCUGCCAUGUUAGCUGUCUUUGCUGUGUCGGCUGUGGUGCACGAAUAUGCCUUGGCUGUUUGCUUGAACUUUUUCUACCCAGUGCUCUUUGUGCUUUUCAUGUUCUUUGGAAUGGCUUUCAAUUUCAUUGUCAAUGAUAGUCGGAAAAGGCCAAUUUGGAAUGUUCUGAUGUGGACUUCGCUCUUUGCGGGCAAUGGUGUCAUCCUGUGCUUUUAUUCUCAAGAGUGGUAUGCACGUCAACACUGUCCUCUGAAAAAUCCCACAUUUCUGGAUUAUAUCCGGCCACGUUCCUGGACUUGUCAUUACGUGUUUUAGAAGUUUGGACUUUGUUUCCUUCCUUGACACUGAAGAUUGGGUAUUCUGCCUCAUUUGGGGUCAGCAUCUUUUUCCAGGUGUUACUGAAAUGAUCUUUAUUAUUUGGACCACUCCAGGCUUUACAGAUGGCUCACUCCAUUCCUAGGUCAGCUGAGCUGUUGGAAGUUUACUGGAGUUUUGUACCUUUAAGCAAUGCUUUCUUCCCCACUUUGGAAGAAGGAGGUCUUUAUAGCUGACAUGACAGAUUUUUGCUGGGUCAUAUUGGCUUAAGCCUCAGAAAUUUUAUCUGUUUCGUUUCUUGACUCCAUCUAAUUAGAGACUUAAACACCAAACCUUGUUUUCUUGGCCACUGAAUCAGCCAAGACACAUGAAGAAAUCAUUUAAAUAUCUUCGGCUUUUUUCAUGCACACGGUUCAUGCAUAGAAAUUUUUUCAUGCGCACACGGUUGGAAAGUACACUAAUUUAAGCAUGCAAUUUGGAAAGAAAAGUAAAUGUGGAAUGUUUUGCUGUUUCUAGUAGAGAUAAAAUAUUUUUUAAAGAUAAUUUUGUUGAAAAUCCUAACUUGUAAUUUUUUUGGAAAAUUUCAGUUCUUCAUUUUUACCUUGUUUUUGCUAUGCAGUGUAAGUCUUGAUUCUGUGAAGCAGAAUUAUACCUUUUACCUAGAAUUUCUGAGUUUUCAUCCAUAACGUUACAUAUUGAGGGGAACAGAAGAAGGAAGGGAGAAAAAGAAGCAGCAUAGGAUAAAGUAUGACUCCCAAAGUAAUUUUCAAAAAAGAUUUGCGGAGUCAAUCACAUGUUAAAGCAUGGAAAUUACGUGGAAGGUAACUUCUUUUGUUUAAGGUGAUAACUUUUUUGAAGUUAUUCAGAAGUAUCCUUUGGUACAGGAUUUUAAUUAUCAAAUAAACACUGCCUUUAAUUAUUUUGCAGACUGAUCAGUCUGUAACAUAAGUAUUAAUCACUGUCAUUAAUGUUAAGGUGAUUAUUAAAGAUUCGGAAGCUGGCUUCCGCAUUUGCUCAGUUAACUAAACUUUUAAUGGUAGUAUACUUCAGGUGGCACACAUUAAUGUGCCAUCAUUUUCAAGAAAAUGUACUCUCUUAGGUGGUGUUCCCAUGUCUUAAGAUGCCCAUUGCCAAUACAGUAUGGUGUGUCAGAAUUACUUUGUAUGCAUGUAUGAAAUGUGUUCAUAAAGACUGAGCAUUGGAAGAGGUAUCAGAAACCUUUUAGUUCGGAGCUAUAACCUCCAAAUGAUUGCUUUAACAUAACUUGUAGUUUCUGGUUUUUAAAAAAAACUAAAAAUAUGUCAAUCACUUGCAUUUUAAAUAUAAUGAGGGAGCUGAGAAAAACAGAUUGGUCUAAGACUUGGGUAUGAAUAAGCCAGUCUAUUGAAGCGAGAAAAUGGAAUUCUUAAGUCUGUAUUCCUGUUAAGUACUAUAAAUGUACAUUCUCACUGAGAAGACUUUGUUGCACUGUACUGAUCCUGAAUACUGUAUUGAACUGAUCAAGGCUAUUUUUUAUAAAAACUCAACUUCUCAUUGUUUGUUAGUGAUCUUCUGUUUUUCUUCCCAAGGUUUUCAAGUGAAACAAAUAUUAUGUGUAUAAUUACAGACUCAAAGUAAGUCUCUACUAAGAAAUUUUCAGAAACACUUAAAGGAAAAAAUAGCCACUUUCUGUGAAAGAAGCUUGUUUGAUAGCCGUGAUCUUGUUGCUAUUCACUGUUAGCCAAAGUCUUUUCUUUAAAUCACUACCUAUACUCUUAAAACCAAUAAAUCAAAACUAAAAUUUGUA